AUGAAAAGUCAUCAAUUUAUUUUUGUUGUUUUUCUUAUUGCAUUUCUAAUUUCCUCAAUUUACUGUGCAAGAAGUAAGACCAAAUUCAAAGCCAAUGGAUAUACAAAUUCGAGAAGGCAACAAUCAAAUGUUUGUUUUUGGAAUCAAACAAGCUGUAAGUUUUGCUAAGUCUUAGAUUUAGUACCAAUGUUCACAGAAGUCUAGACUAAUAUCCUACACUUUUUAAAGUCAGAAUUGUCUUGUCGCAAAUCGAGAUAAAGAUAAAACAGAAAUCUUGAAUCUAUUCUCUCUCAAAAAAAUGUAAUCGAUCUUCCCAAAAAUGGUCAAAGUUUAUCAUAGUCUUUUCAACAUUAUCAAAGUGUUCUGAACGUUUUCGAAAUAAAUAAAAACUUUAAAAAAAUCUGAAAUUUAAUCUUCAAAAAAAGUACAACAUUUUUCGAGAAACUUAGUUAAUCGUAUGAUAAUUGUGCUGCGCAUUAAAAAGUGUUUUAUUUGUCUGAAAAUCAUUAUGCUUCAAUUUUUUUUAUUGAAAGAUUAUUCGAAAUCAGAGAUGACUUCGAAAAAGUUCAAAAAACUUCCUGAUUUGCAAGCUAUUUAUUUUUCUUGACUCAAUUGUUUUCUCAAUCGUGCUAUAUCAUUUUCUGCUAAUUAUGAACUGGUUUAUUGUGAAUCAGAGUGUAAACAAAUAGGCAAACGAUCACAAAAUAAUCAUAAUAUUUGUGAUCAACAAGACUGUUUUCUUCAGAAUAACAAACUUGACUCUAGUGAAUCUAGGAAAAAUCAGGGUUUUUUGUUGAUAUUAUGGUCAAUUUUCAGCAUGGUCAUUGCCAUACCAAUCAGUUACUGUAGAAUGUUGUGACUUGGAAUUGAAAAAUUUGAUGAGCAAUGCUAUAAACGUUGCUCAAAAAACACCAAAACUUGGAGAUCUUGCAAAAUAUAUUCAACGGCGUGCUCAACUUCAUUAUCAAGUUUCUUUCGAAGUUUUCAUUUCCUCUAGAAAUUUCGCAAUUUCCUCACAUUAUCAUGGAACACAUUCUUGCAAAAUUUUUGAUGGAAAUCGAUAUUAUUUGAUCUACGAAACUCCGAGAAAAUAUAACCCAUUUGAUAUGAAAGUUGAAGAUUAUUUGGCAACAAUCGAUUCGUCUGAUCCUUUAGGAAGUUCAAAGAUUGAAAAUUCUCGAGGAGAUUUUAUGGACAUUCGACAAGAUCCAACAGCCGGUGAAGAUUUAUCAAUUCAACCUGAAGUUGAUCUUAUUUUACAAUAUCCUAACAAAUUUGCAAAACAUGAUCCAAGUGAGUACUUUUGAUUUUUUUAUCUAGACACAAAUUAUUCGCUUUUGGGUUUGCAAGCACCCUCAUAAAAAAUGAUCUUAGAAUACAAAACACGUUGUGUUUUUUUCAUUUGUUCCGUCAAUAUACACUCACCUCAAAACUUGAUAUGCUUUAUCAAUUUAUCAUAUAUUUUUUAGGAAGAUAGAGGUAUUCUGACAGAUCAAACUAGAUUUCACUCCCACCUUUGACGAUAAACAAUAUGUCGCUAAUCGUAUUAAAAUGUUACAGAAGAGGACAUUGUCCGAAAAUUUGAAGAAGCUGAAAAACGCGCAAAACUAGAGAUGGAAAAAUUAAUGGAAUCUUUGACCGAUAUGACGAUUCAAGCAUUGGAAAGUAAUGUAACUGUGGCUGGCAAAGAAGUGUUUGCAAAUUCAACAUUAAAUGGAAAUGUGACUGAAAUUGAAUUACCAAAUCCAUCACCAAUUCCAAGAAAUUUUGCAAAUUUGAGAAAACAAGACAGUCUUCCAGAAAACACACAUUGUGAUAAAAAGAAGAGAGACGGUCAGUUUUUUUUUCCAAUCUUUCUCUUGAUUCCUUGUGAUUUCAUUCUAAAAAUCUAUGAGAAUGAAAGAAAGAACAGAUUUCUUGAAGUUGAUAACAAAACGCGAAUACAAUUUAUUGCAUUGCAUUGCGUAGCUUUUCCUUAACAAGACUGUAUGAUGACAAAACAGAUAUGUACAGAGAUAGGGAAAAAUCUGACCAUUUAUCUUUUUUUUUCUAGGAAAUAUCUGUUGUGAUGGUCGUCUUGCGUCAACAAUGCGCGAUGCAAUGAUGCAGAUGGCGACAUCGCCGGACUUUGGCCACGGAACAGAAUCUAUAAUUGCUUCUGUUAUUCAACAAAAAGUCCAGAGACGUUUUGAAAAAUCUUUCGAGGUUCUGGUUUCACAGGACGACUUUGUUAUCAGAUCUUCAUAUAUUGGGGAUAAUAUCUGUAAAUUCCAAAAUCGCGGAUUUUUUAUCGCUGCUUACGCAACGCCUAGACAGGUAUGAAAUUAGCAGAAGAAAAGACAAUGAAAAAUAACGAUCAAACAUGAUUUUAGUAUGAUGUCGAGGAAAAACAAAAAGAAGCGAAAUUUGCGACAACAAUGAAUGGUGAACCGCUUGGAUCAAAUAAGACAUCAUUUGAUAAUCAAGCAUCGUGGCAUACAGAAUUGAAAUUAUAUCCAAGUGGAGAUAGAGCUGGUUAUCCAGUUGGUUCACAUUGUGCUGAAACAAGAACUGGUUCAAAAUGUUGCAGUUUAAUUAUGUUUAAUGCUAUGAACUCAGCAUACAACAAACAUAUAAAUAAUGCUGAUUUUGAUCCAUAUGAAAUGCGGAAAAUCGCAUCGGAAGUUCAAUGGAAUGUUGAAGAAGUUUUUCAAUAUUCGGCAGAAGUGAUUGUUUCAUUUGAUGACUUUGUAUAUGCAACACAUUUAGAUAACAAUUAUACAUGUAAAUAUCGAGUUGACAAAUAUUAUAUUCUAGCCUAUUUAACACCAACACAACCAAGAGAUGACAGAGAAGAAAAAGAAUAUAAUGAAAAAAUCACUGAGAUUGGAAAUGAACCAGAUGCUGAGAUUGUGCAACCUGUUUUUACAGAAACAAAAUAUUCUCAUCAAUUACAAGUACAAUCUCAACAAAUUCAACAGCAAAUUCAACAAGUUCCAGCACCAAUUGUAAUGCAAUAUUAUAAUCCGUUGAGCUAUCAACAAUUCCAACCAAUGUUCCAUCAACCAUGGUAUCAAAAUUCGUUUGCUAGGGUCAAGAGGCAAAUUGGAGAAUCACCAGUAAGUUUCAAAAAUUUCAAAAUAAAUUAAUGGGUGGAAUUAUUUUUCCUAUCAAAGUUUUUUUUAGAGAACUCACAUACAUUUUUGAUAACGCGAAUGUUCUUAUUUUGAAAAUAUAUUAUCAAUUACUUGAAAUCAAAAUCUCAAUUUGCUGUCUGAAACAAAAAAAAAAGUUAAUUUUACAGUAUCCGCCACAUACACCAUCUUAUAACGACAUUGGAAGUGCAAAACCGUUUAAUUGUCCAGCUGGAUUAGGAGGUUUAAGUGGUUUGGCAUGUUGUGAUGGUGGUCUACAAUUUGAGGCAAAUAAGGUUAUUGAUCAAGCUAAACAAUCACCAAAUUUUGAUAAACAUAAUACUCGAGAUUUGGCAAAAUUAAUGACUCGAGCUGUUCAAAAACGAUUUGGAACAACAUUCGAAAGUGUUAUUGCUGAAGCAGAUUUCUCAUGGGGAACCAACAAAUUCAAUCAAAAUACUUGCAAAAUUGAUAAUAACGGUUACAGUGCUUUGACUUAUCAAUCAAGUACUAAAUCACCACCAGCUUCUGAUUUUAUUGAUAUUCCAAAUGAUCCAACCCUCGGUGGCCCAACUGGUUCUGGGGGUGGCGGAGGUGGCGAUAGUAGUGCAUCUGCAGCUGCUGGAGGUUCAGCAAACGGAGGUGGUGCAGGAAAUGGUGAAGGUGCUGGCAACGGAGCUGCGGGUAACGGCGGAGCUGCAAAUGGCGGAGCUGCAAAUGGCGGAGCUGCAAAUGGCGGAGCUGCAAACGGCGGAGCUGCAAACGGUGGAGCUGCAAACGGUGGAGCUGCAAACGGCGGAGCUGCAAACGGUGGAGCAGCUAAUGCUGCUGGAGAUGUUGGAGCUUCUGCUCUUGGAAAUGGAGCAAAUGAUCUUGGAGCAUCCGCUUUUGCAAACAAUGACCUUGGAGCAGCCGCUCUGGCAAACAGUGAUCUUGGAGCUGCUGGAUUGGCAUCUCAAAAUGAUCUUGGUUGGCUUGGAUGGGCUGCAGGUGCUGGAGCUGGUGCUGGAGCUUGCUUCUCACUUGACACCUGGGUAACGACACCAACUGGCAAAAAACGAAUGGAUGAUUUGGAUAUCGGGGACUAUGUUUUGACAGCGAGUCAAAAAUCGGUAUUCUGAUUAUAUUUCUCAUAUUCUAAUAAUUUAUCACAUUCAGCAAAAUAAAACAAAUGAAUUUCAGACAUUCUUCGCUCCAAUAAUUCUUUGGAUUCACCGUGAACCGGAAACAUUGCACCAAUUCAUCACAAUUAUGACGACAUAUGGAAAAACUCUACGAAUGACUCGAAAGCACUUUAUAUUCCGAAAUAAAUGUGGAGGUAAGCAGGAAGAACAAAUAAUAUAUAAAAAAUAAAAAUGUUUUUUGCAGAAAAGUUUGAUAGAUAUAUCGAUACUUUGCCAGCUGAUGGAGAAGCUGUUUUUGCUGAUCAAUUGAAGGUUGAUGAUUGUGUUGUUGUUUUGACACGUGGCAGAUUUGAGCAGCAGAAAAUUCAAGAAAUUUUCACAGUUGUGAGAAAAGGAAUAUAUUCUCCAUUAACUUCAAAUGGUAGAAUUAUUGUAAAUGAUAUGUUAGCUUCAUGUUAUAGCGAAGUUCAACAAUCAACUCUUCAAACAACUUUCUUCUGGGUAACAUGUUCUUCUUUAAUUUUUUAAAAUAACUAUCAAUUUUGCAGGCCGCUGAUAAAUUCCGUCGAAAUAUUCUUGAAGCAUUCGGCAAUUUAACACACGGUAAAAUUGAAAUUCCAAACUUGACCUCACUCAGCAAAGAUAUUCUACAGUUGGUUGUACCAAUUCGAAAAUAA